AUGACUAUGGUGACAGUCAAGCAAAAGAGUCGUGUAAAGGAUAUCAACGAGGAGGUCAGGGUGGGGAAGCUAUUCAUGGUAGACUUGGCAGGAACUGAGCGAGCAUCACAGACUCAAAACAGAGGAAAGAGAAUGAAGGAAGGAGCACAUAUAAACCGUUCUCUGUUAGCACUGGCCAACUGCAUCAAUGCCUUGAGUGAGAAGGGUGGGAAAGGAGCUCAGUUUGUCAACUACAGAGAUAGCAAACUCACUCGACUUCUUAAGGAUGCUUUAGGAGGAAACAGUCGCACAGUCAUGAUAACCCAUAUCAGUCCUGCCAGCUCCAACUUUGAAGAGUCAAGAAACACACUGGUUUAUGCCGACAAAGCCAAAAAUAUAAGAACCAAGGUGAAACGUAAUUUGAUGAAUGUUUCAUAUCACCUGGCCCAAUAUACAACAAUUAUUGCUGAUCUACGGAGUGAAAUUGACCGACUUCAUGCAAAGAUUGACCAACAGAGUCAAGAGCAACAGAAAGGAGAGAAAGCAGACAUUCGUGAAAUUCAAGCUGAGGUGCAGCAGCACAGUCAUGGUGAGAUGGCUUUACUGCAGGAGCAGCUCUUGUCUGCCUUCAGGGAGCAGAUGGAGAUCAGGCGCAGCCUCAUGGAGCUGGAGAACUGCAAUAUGGAACUUCAUAUAGACACAUCUAGACAUCUGCUCACCAUCUCAGAUUGGGAGCGUGAUCGAACACGUGCCCGGCAAGGGAGAGACAAAGUAACCGGAGAGAAAACCGACAGCGAUAGACAGACAGAGAGAGAGGAGGAAGAGCAAGAGAGUGGACCAGAGGAGCCGCAGUAUGUCACAGCAGCUCGAGAGGAGAUUGGCCCACUACUGGCUGAACAGAGAAAGACAAUGGAGCUCAAACGUGAGCUGGAAGAAAAAUUAAUGAACAUGAAACUAAAGUCAUCUAAGAUUGAGGAGUUGCUUCCUAAACGCACAAGUAACCUUGAGCAGAGAGACAUUCUGACAUUGCUUUGCAAGGUUCAUGAGCUAGAACUUGAAAAAACUGAAAUCCAGUCAGCUGUUCUCUGCAAAGAAUACGUUCUCAGAACAAAAGACUUCAUCAUCCAGCGCCACGAGCAGCAGCGGACGCUCUGUGAUGACAUCAUACACCAGCAGAAGGCUCUAAUUGAAGAUCAAGGACUUUGUGUACCUGAGGAGUUACAAGAGCUGUAUUCACUGUACUGCAGUGAAUUAAGUGAUGGAAGCGUCGACCAAAUUGUCGACCUUCACAAUUUUGCCACAAACCCCAAAGUUGUAAACGAUAACUCUCUUAUGAUUAUGGCUAGCCAAAUGAGACUUGAUGUGAUCUACGAUUUAGAAGGGGUAUAUAAAACACAGCAGAACAACAGGAUGUUCAGUCCUUUAGAUAAACACCCCCGUGAUUCUUCUUCCUCUGGGCUGGAUUAUGACAGUGACAGUAACAGAGUUUUCAAACCGUUGUCUAAACCUCAGCCACAGAGACGGCACCACUUAUCUUCUAGCCCGACACUUUCAAUAAAGGUUUGUGCUGUUAAGGAUUCGACUCCCGUUUGUCCUACUGAAGCUGUGAGUCCAGACACUCUGAGGGAAAUUGUUAGUGACACCAAGAGCAUCUCAGUAAUUGCAGCGAAACGUCGCUCACACUUAGCAAAGGAGACCAAUUCCAGAGUGGCCGGUUUGGCUUUGGCCACAGGGCUCAAGUCCUCAGUAAGCAUGGACAGUGUAGUUUCUGCUUUGGCAGAUGAGUCGGCUGAGGUCAAAAGAAAUCCCCCAAGACAUGGAGGCAGGUCCCAGUCGAAACAGAACCUAAAGACAACAGAAGGGAGAAGGGAGCUGCCUGAGAGACACCAGCGCAAGAAACGGUCCAGAUCUUUUGAAGCAAGCAAAAGGCACGUACAAAAACCAAGACAAAACCCUUCCAGAUAUCCAGCUUUGAAGAGCAUCUCAGACAACCGGCUUGUGCGACCAGCGUUAAACGUGAUCCAGCUACUCAACAGUGGUGCUGGAAACCCUGCAACACCCCCAGUAGCUAAAGUGAAAACCCCUGUCUCUCACUUUACAGGUGAAGUGCAGCUUGAGAAGUUAGAGAUCAGGGGAACACCACCCAGCACCAUCCAUCAAAAACACUCAGAUGUCAAACGAGGACAGACAACCUACAAACGACAGCAAGGCCUAGGAGAUGUUUCUUACGCCAGCAAUCUCCUACAGCAAACAGGCAAUUACAAGAAGUCCACCAAUGAAAAUCCUAGACAAAAAGGAAUGGCCGAUGUCAACAGAAAGAAUGAAGGACGGCAAAAUAUCAAACAUACUGUAAAAAAGUCAUAUGUCUGAGUUUUUCGUUCACAUACAAGAGAACAUAUCUAUUUUGCACUAAAAUGUACAGCUGAGACUAUGUUAUGCAAGUUAUUUGUCUCUGCUUUGAAA